UUCUACUAGUGUCUGUCAGAAAGGGUAAGAGACCAAGUUCAAGGUUUUUUUUGAGCAGCACAACGAAGACAAAACUAGAAAAUCAAACUGCCAUUGCUUGUCGUUACGCCGUUGCAGACGAGAACACUCCUGGUGAAAUUUUCCUCCUCUACGCUUCUUCGAGACCCCGAAGAUAAAGAAGGGAAGUCGCUGCGAAAAGGUGAAGCUUUGCGGAUUAUCGCCAUCAAGUUCGCGCAGCAAAAGGCCCAUCGCGGUACAACAGCUUCGAAGAACGGAAGGACCAGCUUGCACGUUUUCCGGUAGCGUGAUUCAAGGCAAAGUUGAGGUUGGAAAGCGGCACUUUCAACACAAAAGGACGAGAAACCAGGGCAGCGUGACCCAGAGGAGAAAUACACUUCUGUCCGUCAGCGAGCUUCUUGGCAGCAACAUCUACUAGAAUUCUGCGUAGCGCUCUCAACAAGCGGCGUCCUGCGAAGUUGCUGGAGCGGGUUCUUGUUUGAGUAGUCCUUUAUUUGGGCGGAGGUGCAGCGAGGCAGUCGGGAACGUUUGAGGAAGGAGGAGGCUAGACAGCCACCUUGCAACUUCCUCGUGUGGCGCAGUGCGCAGAACAGCAGAGUCGGCGGCAUAGCGCACUACGGCGCCGCAAGCUCGGAGCUACUCUCUGACACGACUGCUCUACGUCGAAACUCCGGGAGCUAAACAAAGGCUCGGCAGGUUUUAACGCGGCGCUUAAUUUCCCUGUGAGAGGCGGCGAUUGGUCAUCUUCUGAGCUUGCAGAUCGUUCCUGCUAGAAGCUUUUCGUGCUGCUCCACUCGUCGCAUCGCGCAAUGGAGUAAGGUUGCAUCAGUAUUCUCGCACUAGCAGCUCAAGAACGUUUUUCGUUUUCCGCCCAGAAGCUACUAGCUAGCAGUAACAAGAAUCCCGUACCACCUUCGGACGGAGACAGCGCGAGGAUCAUGUCGCAGACGGUGCGUGUGAGCGACACGCAGUUGGUGCGGAAAAAGGAAGCAAACGCGACGAGAAUAGUGGAGUCCAUCGAGCGGGAUGAGGCAAAGAUCGAGGAAAGGAUGCGGGGCGCCAAUCCCGACCUGGAGCAGCUGGGGCGCGACGUGGAAAGCAUGGGAGCCGUGUUCGAAGAGGCGAAUAAAGCCAGGUUUAUUGGUUUUUUGCUUGUUUCAAUGCGCAUAAUAAAUAGUACUAGAGCACGUAGUACAUCACUCUCAUCAGCAUCAGCAGCUUCUACUGGACACGCGCAAGUACUGCUUCUCCCCGUAGUACCAUGACAAAAAGUAGUUUUACGAGAAACUACGAAAAAAUUUUACCCUUUUUUCAGGGAGGAGCAGCGACGCGUUAUGGAUGAAUUGCACCAGGAUCUCCUCGUCAGAAUACAAAACGUCCGAGAUUACAUGGCACAGGUAAAAAAAUGAACGUAUUUUUUCCACCAAGCGGUGUAUGAUCGCUAGCUUGACGCAUGCACAAUGCAAUCAAAUGCAGAAACAAAAAAGCACAACGCAAAGUGCCAUUUAUUUUGUUGAAAUAGACGACCGCGUUGGUAUAAAAAAACGUAACAACAAACAGGAAGUUGCGCGGCUCGAGGCCACGCUUGCGAGUUUCCAGAGUAAAUUCGAACACGAGCUCCGCACGAUGCGAGAGGAGCUCAUGACGAAGCUCAAUACCAAGAUAACGGCGGUCCGGGCACAGAUCGCGAAGCUGAACCAAAGAAUAGACGAAAUCAACUCGAAGCUCAUGCAGGAGAUCGAGGACAGAAAAGCGCACGUGCAAGAGGUAUAAUGAAUGACAUACCACAGCAGGAGGUUUUUUUUUGUCUGUACAACAGCCUACUAGUAAGUUGGUUGGGUUUCGGUAGUUCGUAUGAGAAGUAGAUCAACACUGCAUCUGCAUGCCAAUCGUUCGAAACCAUGUGGUCUUCUUUAUCAUAUACAAAUCCUAGGUGCUGGUUCCGAUUCAAAAAGACGUCGCGCAGCUGGUCGUGCAACUAGACGAAGAGGUGAAGGCAAGACAUACGAAGGAGGCGGAGACGAGGAAAAACCUGCAGGAUGCAGUGGACCUUUUGGAAAAGAACUUGGACACAGAAAAGUUCAAUCGGGAGCAACAGUACUGUCAUAUUGCACGUUAUACUUGGCAUGAAGAAAAAUCUUCUCGUUUCAUGAUGGGUAGCUGCAGUUAGUUUCAACAGUAGCUCUUGCGUCGGUAUUCUAUUGAUUCUGGCAAAAAAAACCCACACUUCUCUUAUCAAGGUAUAUGGACUUCAAAGUGCUGACCGAGUACGAGCGCGAGCGCAUCCUGAAGCGGCAGUAUGUGAUCGAGUACCAGAUAUUACAAUGAAAAAUGCCCCCUCCCCAUAUCAAAACGGAAAUCUGUGAUGCAGAUUUGUGGUCACAAAUCAGCUUUGUGAUGCUAGAAGGCAAAAGAUGCGGACUGUAGUGCUUUCUAGCGUGGGAAAGCCUUGCAGCUCCAAGAUGACAGGAGGCAACUGGAAGUGGGAAACAGCAUGACAGAUUACCUGCAAUUUAGGCCGCAGCUUCGUCGCUUGGCCUUCUAGCAAUACAAGUUGAUUUGUGUACUCAAAUACAGCAUCACAAAUUCGCGCAUCUUCCGUUUCCGAUAUGGGGUGGGGGGAUUUUUCAUUUUGAUACCAGAUGAAAAAGGCGCUCGACGUGUUGGAUAUCAAGAUCCAGGAGGAGACGUCGGACCGCCUGGACAAGCAGGACGGCGUGGUGAACACAAUGACCCGGUUUGUGCGCAGCUUUCAGGAAAACAUCCGCGAGGAGGCGCGGAUGGGAUAAGUGCGGAGGGGAAAAAUGGGCGGUGUGGAGGUCUCCUACUCGCAGGAUUCGAUUGCUUCAUUGGACGAGGACACUUUGUCGCAGCACCAUUUUUCCGUGAGUUAUUCUGGUUUUGGUGUAGCGUGAGUUGUGCUUGAUCUUCCCACUGUCGUGACGUCGUUCUCCACUGAGCUGCACAGCAAGCCUGUAGUGCCGUCCGCGCUGCAAGUUUUGCUGUUUUGACCUGUUGCAGACCGAGAUAGUUGUUGAAAGCGAAACUUUCGACUCUUCUCGGCGAACUGCAUGCUGCUGGAAAUGACUCCUCGCAAAGGAAUUCGACAAAGGAAGGCGUCGAUAUACACUUAU